AUGGAGGCUGCUCUGGUGAGUGCAGCUACCGGGGCAUUGAAACCUGUCCUGGGGAAGCUGGUCACUCUUCUCGGUGACAAGUACAAGCGUUUCAAUAGGGUGCGCAAGGAUAUCAAGUCCCUCACCGACGAACUCAGGACCAUGCAUAAUUUUCUCCUCAAGAUGUCGGAAGUGGAGGAUCUUGAUUGGCAGGAUAAGGUGUGGAUGAAUGAGGUGCGGGAGCUUUCCUAUGACAUGGAGGACGCCAUCGACGACUUCAUGUUGUGUGUCGAUGAUAAAGACACUAAGCCAGAUGGCAUCUUGGAGAUCAUCAAGAGCUCGCUUGGGAAGAUGAAGGCUCGCCGUCGGAUUGGUAGCGAGAUCCAAGAUUUGAAGAAACAAAUCAUCGAGGUGGGCGACAGGAAUGCAAGGUACAAGGCUCGUGAGGCUUUCUCCAAGGCUAGUAAUGCAACUGUUGACCACAGAGCUCUUGCGAUCUUUGAGCAUAAAUCAAAGCUUGUUGGAAUUGACGAACCAAAGGCUGAGAUAAUCCAAAUCUUGACACAAGAGGAUGGAUGUGUGUCAACACAAAUGCAGUUAAAGGUGGUUUCCAUAGUUGGAUCAGGAGGGAUGGGCAAGACAACUCUUGCAAACCAAGUGUAUCUAGAGCUCAAAGAGAAAUUCGAGUGUCAGGCUUUCUGUUCAGUCUCACAACACCCAGACAUGAUAAAAGUCCUGAGAACUAUUCUCAGUGAGGUGGCUAAGAAAGAUUAUGCCAUCACAGAAGCUAUGGAUGCUCAACAACUGAUCUUCAAGAUCUCCAGAUUUCUAGAGAACAAAAGCUAUUUUAUCGUUGUCGAUGAUAUAUGGAAGAAUGAUUCAUGGGAUGUCAUCAAGUGCGCAUUCCCCGUAACCAGUUGUGGCAUAAUAAUCACCACUACUCGUAGAAAGGAUGUCGCUUGUUCAUGUCGUUCAUCAUUCAAUGGUCAUAUUUAUAACAUAAGACCUCUUGAUAUGAUGCAUUCGAGACAGUUAUUUCUCAUGCGACUAUUCAACUAUAGAAAUGGCUUCCCUUCACACCUUGAAGAGGUUUCUAGUCAAAUCUUGGAAAAAUGUGGUGGCUUACCUUUAGCGAUCAUUGCUAUAUCUAGUUUGUUGGCAAAUAGAGGAAGUACAAAGGAUCAGUGGGAUGAAGUGGAAAAUUCGAUUGGUUGUGCACUGGAAAGAAAUGAUACUGUUGAUAGAAUGAUGAAGAUUAUGUCACUUAGUUACUUUGAUCUUCCUCCUGAUCUCAAGACUUGUUUAUUGUAUCUGAGUAUAUUUCCAGUGGGCUAUGUUAUUGACAAGCAAGAUCUCAUACGAAGAUGGACUGCUGAAGGAUUCAUUCAUAAAAACUCCAGAUAUACGGUACAUGAGGUAGGUGAUAUGUAUUUUAAUGAGCUCGUGGAUAGGAGUUUAAUCCAACCCGUGAAGACUGAAGAGCAUGGUAAGGUGAACGGUUGUCGAGUUCACAACACAAUUCUUGAUUUCAUCAUCUCCAAGUCCAUCGAAGAGAACUUUGUUACUUUAGUUGGUGUUCCAAAUCUUAAAAUUGAUACAGAAAGCAAAGUUCGCCGGCUCUCUCUCCAUGUUGAAGAUGCAGAAAAUUCUACCAAUCGGCUCUCUCUCCAUGUUGAUGAUAAAAGGAAUUCUAUUCCACUGACGAGCCUAGAGUUGUCUAAUGUCCGAUCACUCACUGUGUUUGGGCAAUCAUGGGAAAUCCCUUCAGCGGUGGAGUUUCGUCAUUUGCGCGUUUUUGGCUAUGGAUCGGGUUGCCGCCAUAUGAAAAACCAUCAUCUUGCAAAUAUGGGGAGCUUCUUUCAACUGAGGUACCUGAACCUGAGUUGGACAGGAAUAAGCGAGCUUCCAGAUCAAAUCAGACAAGCACGGUGCCUAGAGUUGUUGGACCUAAGAGGCACCAGGAUAUUUGAAUUACCAGCAACUAUUAUUAAUCUCAGAAAAUUGGUUCAUCUAUUUAUCGACACUGGUGUUAAAUUUCCUGAUGGAAUUGAGAAGAUGCAGGCACUGGAAACGUUGAAACAGGUCGGAAUCCUCAAACAACCAUUUAACUUCCCGCAAGAACUUGCCAAGCUACGGAAUUUAAGGAAGUUAUCCCUUCACUUUCAUGGCGAUUCUGCUACUGAGGCUAAGAAUGAGUUCAAGAAUGUUAUUGCUUCUUGUCUUCAUAAGCUAGGAAACCUACGUUCUCUUACUGUUUGGAGUGGGGGAAGCUUCUUACAGGGACCUUUGUGCCCUGUUCCUCUCAGCCUCAAGAAACUUGUGGCUUGGAAUUCAACCAUCUGUCGGGGCCCGGCUAGGGUGGGCUCUCUCGUCAACCUACAACGGUUACACCUUGAAGUGGAGGGAGUCAGUAAGGGAGAUCUCUGCAUCCUUGGAAGCUUACCUGCUCUACUUGUUUUGGAUCUGAUGGUAAGAGAAAAUCGUAAUCAUAGAAGUCUCAAGGUCGAUGGUGGAAUUGGGUUCCGAAGCUUGAGGCAGUUUUAUUAUGAUAUCAGGGAUGAAGCGAUGAAUCUGAUAUUUGCAGCAGGAUCCAUGCCAGAGCUAGAAACGCUCGAGAUUUCUUUUGACGCGGAUCAAACCGAGUCUCUGAAUACUAGUGGUGGUUUUGACUUUGGAAUCGAAAACCUUCCUUGCCUCAUUGCUCUCAGAUGUAGAGUAUAUCGCUGGCAGGAUAGAACAUUUCAGGCUGCAAAGGCUGCCAUGGAGAGAGUGGCCAGCACACAUCCCAACCAUCCUAGUAUAAUCGUUGAACCAGGGACGGAGCUGGUAUACGACCAGUGGUGCCAAAUGAACCCAAUGAAUUUUUCCAGUCUUCUCGAGAGUUUUCUAGUUGACUGA